AUGCAGAAUGCAGUAAGUACUUUUAUAUCGGAGGCUAGACACCGUCUGUGUGCAUGGCACAUUGGGAAAAAUGUGAAACAACAUUUGAAAGAUGUGGAUACACAAAAUGACUUCUUCCAUUUGACCUUUGCCGGAUUGACUAUUAGUGAAUGGGAGUCGCAAUGGAAUUAUUUUGUGACAAUGAACCAGUUGGAAAACAACAGUUGGGUCAAUAGUAUGUAUGACAGACGCCAGAGGUGGGCAGAGGCCUUUUUCCGAGACCAAUUCUUUGGGGGAGUAUGCAGCACACAACGAUGUGAGAGAAUGCAUCGAAAUUUGAGAGGAGGGAUUGGACGUUAUAUGCGGUUGUUUGAGGUGUUGCCUUGCAUGGAGAAAAAUAAGGACAGAAUAAGGAAUCGGUGCCUACAUGAUGACUACCGAUCUGAGCAAUUUCAACCCGUGUACGGCACACAUUUGCGAACCUUGGAAGAGGAGAUAGGGAAGAAAUUCACUCAUGACGUUUUUUUGUUAAUAAGGGAUCAAAUUAUGUAUGAGAGGAGCUUUGUUGUUAGAGAUGAUGGUGUUGAUAAUGAAACCGGUGUAUCAUCGUUCAUGAUCUCCCAUUGUGAAAAGCGGGAGCGGCAGUGGAUUGUGUCAUGCAACAACAAUGAGAAUUCCCUUGUGAAAAAGAGGUGGAUAAAGGAAGCCACUGCCGAGAGGACUUUAUUGAGUUCGGGAUUAUCCAGUGUUGUUCAGCUUGCUCGAUAUGGUGAUUUGAUGUCGGAUUGUGCAAAAUUUUGUCAUCUUGCUUCUUUUAGCGCCGAGGGGUAUGAAAAAACCAAGGAAGUCAUUAGCCAGUUGGUAAUUCGUGGUCAGAAAUACCGUGUUGCAAACCAGAAUACCUCCCAAUUUGAUAGUCAUAAAGGGCUUCACCCCAACGUCGUCAAGGACCCUAUUGUGUUCAAGAGUAAAAGUAAUAAAUCAAAGACAUGUGGAGUUAAAAAGAAAAAAGGAUGUAGAUGUGGAGCUUGUAAAAAGAGAGGACAUGACCGGCGAACUUGUGGGAGAGAGAUGGCAAGGGAGAAAAAGGAGGUGGUGACAAAGCUAAGGGCAGCUCAGCGACCGAAAGUGUUACUGAAAAAUCCGAUACAAAUAGCAGUGAUGCUGAUGCUGCCUCCAGUGAGAUGGACCAAAGUAAUGCUACCAGUAAUGAUGACGAUGAAGACGACAUAG